UACAGAAAGAGAGAGAGAGAGAGAGAGAAAGAGAAAUGGAAAAUCUGUUAAUCCCAUUUUUAGGGUUAGGGUUUAUGUUGCUGAUCUUCUUCAAUUCAAGAAGAAGAUCAAAGCUCCCACCAGGUCCAUGGCGUCUCCCCAUCCUCGGAAACCUCCACCAACUCGGCUCUCUGCCUCACCGAUCUCUCUGCAAACUCGCAGCCAAGCAUGGGCCGCUCAUGCACCUCCACCUCGGCAAAAUACCGACCAUCAUCGUCUCCUCGCCGGACCUCGCUUUUCAAAUCCUCAAAACCUUAGAUCUCUCCUUCGCCAGCCGCCCAUCCUCUUCAUCCGGCGCCGAGUUCGCCUACGGCGGGAACCUGAGCAAGUACAGCGAGCAUUGGAGGCAAGUGAGGAAGCUCGGCAUGCUGGAGAUUUUCAGCAUGAAGAGAGUUCAAUCCUUUCGGAGCAUCAGAGAAGAAGAGAUCAAUCUCUUGAUCAAAACUAUCCACAGAAUUAGCUCAUCAUCAUCCGAUGUGAAUUUGAGCAAGUUGUUUGUGAUCAUGAGCAACAACAUCACCAGCAAGGAAGCGUUUGGGAAGAGGUUCUCUGAUGAUGGGGAUUGUAACUGGAGUCCAGACCAUGAUAUUUUCAAGGAGAUCAUUGAAUUGCUCAGCGAGUUCUUACUGAGAGAAAUGUUGCCCUCUUUGGAGUUGUGGCGAAGGAGUUCAAAUGUUCGGGUGAAGCUUGAGAAGAGCUUCAAGAGAAUGGAUCAGUUGUUUGAGAGAGAGAUUGAUGGCCAUUGUUCUGGUGAUGAUUGUGAGAAGGAUUUGCUUGAUGUUUUGCUUAAACACCAGGGUGAUUCCAGCUUUGGUGUCGCAUUCACCAGAGAUGAUAUCAAAGCAAUUGUCCAGGAAAUUUUCUUUGGUGGAACUGAUACGACCUCAUCGGUUCUAGAAUGGGUGAUAUCUGAACUUGUGAGAAACCCGAGAGUGAUGAACAAAGCUCAAGAUGAAGUUCGAGGAGUCGUAGGACCGAAUAAAGGAAAGGUCGAAGAGAGUGACCUGCAAGAACUCCGAUAUCUCAAACUAGUGAUAAAUGAGACUCUAAGGUUGCAUCCUCCGGCUCCAUUGUUGGUUCCGCGGGAGUGCCGGGAGGAAUGCAAUGUGCAAGGGUUUGACAUUCCCGUGGGGACGAGAGUUUUUGUGAAUGUUUGGGCGAUAAUGAAAGAUCCGAAUUCAUGGGAGAAUCCUGAAGAGUUCAUUCCAGAGAGGUUCGAGGAGAGUGCUAUAAACUUUAAAGGACAACACUUCCAAUUCAUUCCUUUCGGUGCUGGUCGGAGGAUGUGUCCUGGAAUGCAAUUGGGAAUUGCUAUCAUUGAGAUUGCGCUUGCAAACAUCUUAUAUCAUUUCAAUUGGGAAUUACCCGCCGGGGCUGAUAUGGAUAUGAGUGAAACUGUAACGGUUGUUCUUCAUAAGAAGUCACCCUUGAUCCUUAAGGCAAUACCGAGAAUAAACCUUGUUUAAUCCGAACUAUACUCUGGUUUUCCUUGUGACAAAACCAUAAAUAUAUAUAUAUAUAUAUAUAUAUCAUGCUCUCUGUAAUGUGGUUGCCCUGUAAAUCAUUUUCAUGCUCUCUGUAAUGUGUUUGUAAACCAUGUAUUUGAUUAUGGACAAGGAAGAAUGAUAUAAACUUAACAGAA